CCUAUCGCCACUUGGUCGAAGCGGCUGAUUGUUAUUUUGAAAUUGUGUGCGUAAAUUGAUAGCUAUGAUUCAAUCUUUUCGGGUAUGAACGAAUUAUUUUGCGAUUUGAUGAAACAUGUUCAACACGCCAAUUUUUACUUUAAAUCACUAACAGUAAAUGCAGUAAGAUGCCUCAGCAAAAAAGCGCUUGGCACCGACGUUUAUUACCAUACAUGUCAAGAGACUGUCAAAGAUGCAGAAUGGACUCCUGUAUAUUAUUUCCCAUUGAUUAAUUUAGGAAGACUUUUAAAUCGCUUCAAACUUUAUCAAACUACAUUCACUGUUGCAGCUAUUCCAAUUGGCUGUAUCAUGUACAAAUACAAUUUAGUAGACCUCACUUUUAUUAAUGUUGUAGUUGGAGCAGCUACUUUUGCCUGCUUGACAUUAUAUGUCUUUACAAUGUUUUUCAGAAGAUUUAUAGGUAUAAUUUAUGUAACCAAAGAUGAGAAAUAUGUAAAAAUAUCUCAUCUUACAUUCUGGGGUAGAAGAAACAAUAUUAUACUUCCUGUUCAAAAUCUUGUUCCUUUAACUGAUGGUGAAUGUAAAGCAACAGAUGCAUAUAUGAAACUUCACAUGUACAAUUCUUCUGAAUAUUUGUAUCUAACCCUGCGUUUUGGUAGAAUUUUAGAUUAUGAUAAAUUUCAAAACGUGUUUGGAAAUUUGGAAAUUUUAGGAAUUACAAAAAAUAAAUAAAUGUACUACAA